GGAAGGCAGCCAAUGAGCGCGCCCGGGGAAGGCAGCGAGGCCAAUAUGGCUUCCUGCACCUGGUGACGGUUGAAGAGACAGUGUUAGGUCUCAUGGAGAAGCCCCGGGGCGUUGAGGAGACUCCGUCUUCAGAACCAAUGGAGGAAGAAGAGGAGGAGGAUGCACUGGAGCUCUUUGGUGGCUACGAAAGUUUCCGGAGCUAUAACAGCAGUGCGGGCAGUGAGAGCAGCUCUUACCUCGAGGAGUCAAGCGAAGCAGAAAAUGAGGAUCGGGAAGCAGGAGAGCUGCCCACCUCCCCGCUGCACUUGCUCAGCCCUGGAACCCCCCGCUCCCUGGAUGGCAGUGGUUCGGAGCCAGCUGUCUGUGAAAUGUGUGGUAUCGUGGGUACAAGGGAGGCCUUCUUUUCCAAGACCAAGAGGUUCUGCAGCGUCUCCUGUUCCAGGAGCUACUCUUCCAACUCCAAGAAAGCCAGUAUCCUGGCUAGGUUACAGGGGAAACCACCAACCAAGAAAGCCAAAGUCCUGCACAAGGCGGCCUGGUCUGCCAAAAUCGGAGCCUUUCUCCACUCCCAGGGGACAGGACAGCUAGCCGACGGGACCCCAACAGGGCAGGACGCGCUGGUCUUGGGUUUCGACUGGGGCAAGUUCCUGAAGGACCACAGUUACAAGGCGGCGCCUGUCAGCUGUUUCAAACACGUCCCACUGUAUGACCAGUGGGAGGACGUGAUGAAGGGGAUGAAGGUGGAGGUGCUCAACAGCGACGCUGUGCUCCCCAGCCGCGUGUACUGGAUCGCGUCUGUCAUCCAGGCAGCAGGCUAUCGGGUACUGCUCCGGUAUGAAGGUUUUGAAAAUGAUGCUAGUCACGACUUCUGGUGCAACCUGGGAACCGUGGACGUUCACCCCAUUGGCUGGUGUGCCAUCAACAGCAAAAUCCUGGUGCCCCCUCGGACCAUCCAUGCCAAGUUCACCGACUGGAAGGGCUACCUCAUGAAACGGCUGGUGGGCUCCAGGACGCUUCCUGUGGACUUCCACAUCAAGAUGGUCGAGAGCAUGAAGUACCCCUUCCGGCAGGGCAUGCGCCUGGAGGUGGUGGACAAGUCCCAGGUGUCGCGGACCCGCAUGGCCGUGGUGGACACUGUGAUCGGGGGUCGCCUGCGGCUCCUCUACGAGGAUGGUGACAGUGACGAUGACUUCUGGUGCCACAUGUGGAGCCCGCUCAUCCAUCCAGUGGGCUGGUCACGCCGUGUUGGCCACGGCAUCAAGCUGUCGGAGAGGCGCGGUGACAUGGCCCACCACCCCACCUUCCGGAAGAUCUACUGUGAUGCUGUCCCUUACCUGUUCAGGAAGGUACGAGCUGUCUACACAGAAGGUGGUUGGUUUGAAGAGGGGAUGAAGCUGGAGGCCAUUGACCCUCUGAAUUUGGGCAACAUCUGUGUGGCGACCAUCUGCAAGGUUCUCCUGGACGGCUACCUGAUGAUCUGCGUGGACGGGGGCCCCUCCACAGACGGCUCAGACUGGUUCUGUUACCACGCCUCAUCCCAUGCCAUCUUCCCAGCCACCUUCUGCCAAAAGAAUGACAUUGAACUCACACCUCCCAAGGGGUACGAGACGCACACGUUCACCUGGGAGGCCUAUUUGGAGAAGACCAAGGCAAAGGCUGCCCCGUCGAGACUCUUUAACAUGGACUGCCCCAACCAUGGCUUCAAGGUGGGCAUGAAGCUGGAGGCCGUGGACCUGAUGGAGCCGCGCCUCAUCUGCGUGGCCACGGUGAGGCGGGUGGUGCACCGGCUCCUCAGUAUCCACUUCGACGGCUGGGACAGCGAGUACGACCAGUGGGUGGACUGCGAGUCCCCGGACAUCUACCCCGUCGGCUGGUGCGAGCUCACCGGCUACCAGCUCCAGCCGCCCGUGGCCACAGAGCCCGCCACGCCGCUGAAGGCCAAAGAGGCCACGAAGAAAAAGAAGAAGCAGUUUGGCAAGAAAAGGAAAAGAAUCCCGCCGACCAAGUCAAGGCCCCUCAGACAAGGCGCUAAGAAGCCCCUGCUGGAGGACGACCCACAGGCUGCAGAGAAGAUCUCGGAGCCUGAAGACAUCAUCGCCGUGCGCGUGAAGGAAGAGCAUCUCGACUUAACCUCACCCGCCAAGGCCCCGAGUCCAGAGCUGCCUGUCCCCCUUGAGAGCAUCAAACAGGAGACAGACAACUGAGUUUCCCAGCAUGGUGCCUCCCAGGAGCCAGCCAGGGCUCCUCUCUUGCCAUCCCCUGUACUUUGGACACUGAGCUGUUUUGUAUAAACCUGCCUGGUGCUGUGAGGGCCAGGCACUGGGGAGCUGCGGGGGUCUCCUUUCACCCACCCUGUUGCCUGUGCCCUGCUUGGGGAAGCCCCAAGGCUGGCGCCACCUGAGGCCCCAAACUCCUGUGUGAGUCUUGCCCUCUCCAGCAAGAGCUCCCACACCUCCUCCUCACAGAACUUUCCAGCCACACCCACCCUACCUCUCCCUUGACAGAGGAAGGGACUGCCCCCCGGUCACACUGCAAGACAGGACAGUGGGUGCAGCGUGUGUCUGUGCACCCAAGCAAUCCUAAAUAAAGGCCUGGAGCAGCCCUC